AUGGGAUUAUACGCGACACUCCCCGAUGAGCUCCACGAAGUGGAUGUCAUCAUCGUCGGGGGAGGAACGGCAGGCUGUGUCAUUGCAUCGAGACUGGCAGACUCGGAUCCCGAACGCUCCAUCUUGGUGAUCGAAGGUGGCCCGAAUAACCAGGACCUACCCGUGAUCACGUACCCGGCUUUAUAUCGAGGCAACUUCACGCCCGACAGCCAUACAUUCCAAUUCUAUCAGCCAGCCGUGGAAGAGCAGCUGUCAGGCCGAGCGGUCGUCGUGGUGGUAGGUAGUGUUCUUGGUGGUGGAUCAUCUAUUAACGGAGCCAUAUAUACUCGCGCUCAACGUGACGAUUACGACUCUUGGAACACGGAGGGUUGGUCAGCGGACGAUCUCCUGCCAUUUCUGAAAAAAGUACGUACAUAUCAUGGCCGAGGCGAUGAAGGAUGUCACGGGGACAGUGGACCGAUCAAUGUUUCCAGUGGAAUUUACCGCGGGGAUGCCAUCGCGGACGAUUUUGUUGCUGCGAUGAAUCAAAUAGGCUAUCCCGAAGUCUCAGACUUGCAGGAUCUCCUUUCUGCAAAUGCGGUCUUGCGAGUCCUCUUCAAUCAACACAAGCAAGCUACCCGGGUCGAAUACAGACCGAAUCCUCGGAUCCAAGCAGACGCAACCGGAAAUCUUACACAGACCAUCAAAGCGAGAAAGCUUGUGAUCAUUUCGGCCGGUACACACAGUACGCCAUUGAUUCUUGAGAGGUCAGGUAUUGGUAGCAAUGAAAUUUUGGAGCGAGCAGCCGUACCUGUUCUUCAUGAUCUACCAGGCGUGGGCCAUGGCUACCAGGACCACCAGAUGGUAGUAUAUACCUACAAGUCAAGUAUGCGCCCAGAGGAUACUACUGAGAGUUUGAUCGAUGGUACGAGAGAUCUUGAGGAGCUAUUAGCGAAAAACGAUAAGAUUCUCAGCUGGAAUGGUAUCGACGCUUCCUUGAAAGUCCGACCAACCGAAUCAGAAGUUGACAGUUUAGGCUCCGAAUUUCGUGAGGUGUGGGAUAAGGACUUUAAAAAUGCUCCCAGGAGACCUCUCGCAUUAAUGUUCUCUGUUGCCGGAAUUCUCGGUGAACCUUCUCUGUUGCUGCCAGGACAAUUCUUCUCCAUCGCCUGCUAUAACGCAUAUCCAUAUUCUAGGGGUUACGUGCAUAUUACCGGCCCCAAUAUUGAGGACCCUCUCGACUUCAAAACAGGCUAUCUCUCCGACCAUGACGAUAUCGAUUUGAAGACCCAAGUUUGGCUUUACAAAGCGCAACGUGAAGUGGCGCGAAGAAUGCAUUUCUACCGGGGCGAAACCCAUCGACACCCAAACUUUCUCCAAGGCUCGAAUGCGUCGAGCUUCACAGAGCCGGGAUCAGACAGCGCCAAGGCGAACAUUGAAUACUCGUCCGAAGACGAUGAGGCCAUCAAACAAUGGGUUCGUGAGAAUAUUGGUACUGCUUAUCACUCCAUCGGCACAUGCAAGAUGGGUCCAAUGGAGCGGCUGGGCGUGGUGGACAAGAAUUUAAAUGCUCAUGGCGUGCAAAGGCUGAAAGUAGCAGACUUGAGUAUUGCGCCGGAAAACGUCUCUGGCAAUACGAUGAGUACAGCCCUGACGAUUGGCGAAAAGGCAGCAGACAUCUUUAUUAAAGAGUUGGGACUUGAUCGCAGAUGA